AUGACAUCUACAUCAGCGAUUAGCCUCGCCAACCGCGUGGGCCACGAUCCAUCAAAGCCAACAGUGAUCGGUCUCUACGGCCUUCCAGCUACCGGGAAGUCCACCGUUCUCGAAGGCCUGGGCAACAAGCUCGGCGAGACAGAGUUCGCAUUCUUUGAAGGCUCGGACGUCAUUUCCUACCUCGUCCCCGGUGGCCUGAAAGCCUUCCAGAAACUCGAAGACCCCGAAAAGAAAAAGUGGCGAGCGGAAGCCAUCACCCACAUCAAGAAUGAAGCUGCAGCCAGUGGCAAAAUCGCUGUCGUCACUGGACACUUCAUGUUCUGGUCAAAGGAGGAUAGUGCCCCCUACGCUGUGUACACGCCCGUGGACUUAGAGACUUUCACCCAAAUCAUCUAUUUACCCUAA